AUGUCGAUAUCCCACGCCCAUCCUUUGUUUCUUCUUCUCCUCGUAUCAAUCUUUUUCUUGCCUGCUGUUUUGGGCGGAACAAACUUCAGAACGUGCAAUGGAAGCUAUGAAAACUAUCGCGUUAAUGUGGAGACCGUGAAGAUCUCCCCAUUGCCGAUUACGGGUAUCAGUAAUGCAGACAUUACAAUAACCGGUUAUACAGCCAGCAUCCCCAAUGGAGCAAUUGUAGAACUCACCAUCGCGGAAGCCUCGGCAGGCGACCCUAUAACUUCCAGUAUUAAAACCUACAACUUGUGUGAUAUAGUGAGGUGCCCCAUUAGACCUGGCCGCUUCUCGUUUACUUUAUCUAAAAUAUUCAGUAACAAAGAGCUAAAAGGAAGGAUAUAUGCUGUUACAGUAGGCAUCAAGAAAGAGAAAGACACAAUGAUGUGCGUCGUGUUCCUUUGUUGGAUUACCGAAGGUGGUAGUGCGUUUCUUAAUAGGCAGCCUGGUACGAUCAUGGAGCUUGCAUAAGCCAUUGAACCAAACGGAGGACUUCUACUCGUACCAAAAUUCCAAACCGAAAUUUUAUUCAGUAGACGAUUAAGUAUCUGUUCUUUUUUUAUUUAUUUAUUAAGUUCUUGUAUUGCAAAUAAAAGGAGAAGAAGUGAUCUUCCUCAUGUUUCUGUCGCUUGUAGGAGUUGAACUCCAACUUUGUUUCUUGUUUUUUUUUCUAUUUUAAUCAGUGAAAAAUAAAUAAAAAUUGUGUAAGUUUUAAGCCUUUAAGCUAAAAGAACUUUGUGUACCUUUUACAAGAAUAUAUAUAGAGUUCCAAAAAGCUUUUUCUAUUUGAUUGAAUGGAGAAUA